CAACCACUUACGGUGAUGGAACGAACCCCCCAAGCUCUAUCAACCAUCACCACCGACUACUACAACAACCCAAGUUAACGCCCGACUGUCGCUGCACCCGGACCACACGACCUUCAAAUUCAACGAACAAAUAUUCGCUUUCGAUAAACGCUUAGUAGGCCGCAGGGAAGAGGACCAGGAUGUUCAGGAACAAUUACGACAACGACUCGGUCACAUUCUCGCCGCAAGGCAGGAUAUUCCAAAUCGAGUAUGCGGCCGAAGCCGUGAAGCAGGGUUCAGUGGUCGUCGGUCUCGUCAGCAAAACACACGCCGUCCUAGUAGCAGUCAAGCGCAAUGCCGAAGAACUAUCCUCCUACCAAAAGAAGCUCUUCGCCGUCGACGAGCACGCCGGCAUCGCCAUCGCAGGCCUCACCUCCGACGCCCGCGUCCUCUCCAACUUCAUGAAGCAGCAGUGCCUCGGCCACCGCAUGACCUACGGCCGGUCCAUGCCGCUGCGCACCCUCGUCGACCUGAUCGGCGAGAAGGCCCAGAUGAACACCCAAGUCUACGGCAAGCGGCCGUACGGCGUGGGGCUCCUCGUCGCGGGCGUGGACGAGACGGGCCCGCACCUCUUUGAGUUCCAACCGUCGGGCAUGACCGAGGAGAUGUCCGCCUUCGCCAUCGGCGCCCGGUCCCAGAUGGCCCGCACCUACCUCGAGCGCAACGUCGAGUCCUUCGCCGACUGCAGCCGCGAGGAGCUCGUCCGCCACGGCCUGCUCGCCCUCCGCGAGAGUCUCGUGCAGGACCGCGAGCUCACCGUCGAUAAUACCAGCAUUGCCAUCGUGGGGCUGGAGGAACCUGCCGAUGCCGAGAAGACGAAGAAGAAGACCCUGCGCCCGUUCCAGUUGCUCGAUGGGCAAGAUGUCAAGGAGUGGAUUGAUGCCUCUAACGUGCCGGCUGAGGGAGAGGGUGAACAAAGCGGUGACGGCGAUCGUAUGAAUGUUGAUGAGUGAAAGACAAGCGGAAAAAGAAGAGCGUUGGGGAAGUAGAAGAGGACAGUAG